GUGUUGCUUUCUGAGAGAUGCAAGUGGCUUCUUGGGCAUGUGCUAUUACCUUCAUUCCAGAAUGUCACUCUUCUACUGUCUGAUUUGCAUUUUACUUGGGCUUCAUGCUAAAAUCAGUGGUGGACUACCUAGCCGCUCUGAAGGCAAAGUAACUACCUGCCAUUUGCCUCAACAAAAUGAUACACUGUAUAAAAUGUCAUCUAUCAAUGCUGACUUUGCAUUCAAUCUGUACCGGAAGUUUGCUAUGGAGACCCCAGAUCAGAACAUCUUCUUUUCCCCUGUGAGCAUUUCUGUAGCUUUGGCCAUGCUUUCCAUUGGAGCUCGCUCCAGCACCCAAACUCAGAUCCUUGAAGUCUUGGGGUUCAACCUCACAGACACUUCAAUAGAAGAGAUACAGCAGGAUUUCCAGGAACUAAUUUGUUCACUAAACUUUCCAAAGAAAGAACUGGAAUUGCAAAUGGGAAAUACCCUCUUCAUUGGCAAGCAGCUGAAACCAUUGUCAAAGUUCUUGGAUGCUGUCAAGACCUUGUAUGAGACUGAAGUCAUUUCUACUGAUUUCAUGAAUGUAUCUGCAGCCCAAGAAGUGAUCAACUCUCAGGUAGAAAAGCAAACCAAAGGGAAAAUUGUGAACCUAAUCCAAGAGCUUAAGAUGAAUACCAUCAUGGUCAUGGUGAACUAUAUUCACUUUAAAGCACAGUGGACAAAUCCUUUUCAUCCAUCCAAGACAGAAGACAGUUCCAGCUUCUUAGUGGAUAAGAUGUUCACAGUGAAAGUGCCCAUGAUGCAUCAGGUAGAACAAUUCCAUUACUUGGUGGAUACAGAACUGAAUUGCACAGUGCUGCAAAUGGACUACAACAAAAAUGCUCUGGCACUCUUUGUCCUUCCCAAAAAGGGAGACAUGGAAGGGCUGGAGUCCACUAUGUCAUCAAAAACACUGAAGAAAUGGAAUAACUUAUUGCAGAAAGGGUGGGUUAACGUUUUUGUUCCAAAAUUUUCCAUUUCUGCCACAUAUGAUCUUAGAAUUAUGCUUGUGAAGAUGGGCAUUGAAGAUGCCUUUGCUGACAAUGCUGAUUUUUCCGGACUCACAGAGGACAGCGGUGUAAAUCUUUCCUAUGCUGCUCAUAAGGUUGUGCUGAGCAUUGGUGAAAAAGGAACAGAUGAUGUCACUGUCUCUGAAGUCAAAUUCCCGGAUCAAUCUGAAAGCACCCUCCUUCAUCCUAUUAUCCGAUUUGAUAGAACUUUUCUGUUUAUGAUUUUGGAGAAAAACACCAGAAGUGUUCUUUUUCUAGGGAAAGUAGUGGACCCAACAGAAGUAUAGUUUGGAAAGAGGCCACUGGGUAAUUGCUUGUACAUAUUACAGCAGGAAAUAAAUAAAUAAUAUAGUGCAGAUUGUUGA